UACUUUUAUUUCUACUUUAUUUAUAAUUCUCAAGAAAUUUUUGAUUGACUUCUUUUCUUUCUUCUUAAUUUGAUGUUAAUAUGAACAAAAAGUUGAUUUCUUGGAAGGAUUAAUUCUUUUUAAUUUGUUGUUGAUGUUCUAAUUAAUAGAUUUAGACGAUGCAAAGAAGUAGUAGCAUCACUAAUAGUGGCACGGUGGCGCAUCCAGCAUGUGCUUCUUGCAAGCAUCAGAGGAAGAAGUGCGGCGAGGAUUGCAUACUUGCACCAUAUUUUCCGGCGGAUAGAAGUCGAGAAUUCCAAGCUGUUCAUAAGGUGUUCGGCGUCAGCAACGUUAUGAAAUUAGUGAGAAGUGUCAAGGAAGAGGAUCGAAAAACUGUGGCGGAUUCGUUGGUUUGGGAAGCUUUUUGCAGGCAGAAUGAUCCAAUUUUAGGUCCUUUAGGAGAGUAUAGAAAAAUCCAGGAGGAGCUAAAGUUGUUUAAAAAUCAAAGCCAAACCCAAACAAAAAUUCUAAAUCAAAAUCAAUUGGUGCAGCAGCCAGAAUGCAUGAUGUACAAGGCAACGACUCCAGGGAUGGUAGCUUGGAACAAUGGCACUAAUGGAGUGAAUAACAAGGGAGUUGAAGGAGGGUUGGCUAAUAAUAAUAAUAAUAAUAUGGUAAAUUUUAGUCAUGACAAUGGGAAUACUAUAUACAGCAGCUAUCCUUUAAAUUAUGUUCAAGGUCCAGAGAAAGUUAUGAAGCAAGAAAAAGAUGUCAAUCCUCGUCUUCUUCCACUGCAGCAGCCACAGCAGCAGCACCACCACUCCGUUACUGCUGGUUUUAAUCAUCAGCAGCAGUAUUAUCUUCCAGGGCAAUUUGGUUAUAUGAAUGGGAAGACGAUGGACAAUACCGCAUGGGAAGCAGGACCAUAAGACUUAAUUACCUGUUAAAUACGGAAUUGAUAUCAUACUUACAAUUGAAAUUUAGGUUUAAUAUUUAUUCAACUCAUUCAUCUCAUCUCUUAACUGUAUGCUGAUCGCCUCAUUAUUUUUAUCUAUUUUGCCUAAUGUUUUUAUUUAUCCCCCUCAAAAUUACACAAUCAAUAUUGUCUUAAGCUUUC